CCGCAGAGUCUGUGCCGCGGUGCCGCAGAGCCGGGCGGCCGCCUAAUCCGAGUCCCACGUCCAGCCCGUCUACCAGCCCUACCUCACCACCUGCCAGGGCCACCGCCUCUGCAGCACCUACAGGACCAUCUACAGGGUUGCCUACCAGCAGGGGCUAAGGCAGAUUGGGGACCUUUUUGGCUGGAGCAGAGCUAACAGCCACACGUUCAGCUGCAACAGAGCUCUCUGCUGGAGCUGCGCCUUCCCUGGCAGAUGCGCCUGCCUGCCCGGCUGGACGGGGCGAGCCUGCCAGACAGACGUGGAUGAGUGUGCCGGCCAGAGCCACGGGUGCAGUCAGCUCUGCAUCAACACGGCCGGGAGCUACCACUGCGCUUGCCGGGAUGGCUUCAGCCUCGCUGCCGACGACAAGGCGUGCCAGCCCCUGGUGCCAGCGCCCGAGCCAGAAACCUUCAGCCAAGCAGAUCCCCCCAGUGAAAUGAAGGAAGAAAUGAAAGACCUGAAGAGCAGAGUGGAAGCACUGGAGCAGAAACUCCAGUUGGUGCUGGCCCCAUUCCACAACCUCAUGCCAUCUGCACCGGAGGACGUCGGCGCAGACCCCAUUAGCCGGCUGUCCCACUCCCUCCAGCAACUGGACAGAAUCGACUCCCUGAGCGAGCAGAUCUCCUUCCUUGAGGAGCGGCUGGAAACAUGUUCCUGCAAGAAUGAACUCUAGCUGAGAGCCUGAGGAAUUGGAGCAAGCUGACUGCAUCUGCAGCUCUUAUCUCGCUCUCCAGCCCCAGGCUGGGGAUGAAGUCACCUCAUCCACAGGAAGGCACAGGGUAGCAGGAGAAAGCUGGUUUCCCAUCAGCAUCUCCAUCAUCUUCUCUUCCAACUCACCUAUCAGAGGUCACGCAGUUACUUCCAAACUGGACUCUGAGCCCUCAGCAUCUCACCCCCUUCCUGCUGGAUAGGCAGAGAAUAAAUGCCUUACCUCGUGCCGUUAGUGCCUGUCUGGCUGUGCCAGAGAGACUGGCUGUACG